AUGUUCUUUGCCAGCUCCUCUGCCCCUGCCUCCUGCCUCCUGCCCUCUCCUUCAAUGUCGGAAGGCAAGCUUGCUCGAUGGCUGAACAAGGUGAAAGUGGAUCCGCCGUUCCAAGAUGAAACCCCAGCAGAGGCUCCAGCUCCACCCCAGGGCAAGAAGCUGGACAGAUGGCUUUCACGAGCUAAGGCAGAGCCAGCUAUGAACGGCCAUGCGGAUGCUGCGGACAACGAACAGUGCACAGACAAGGAGAACGAAGGGCUGGUUGCGUGCUGCAACUUGAUCAAGUUGCUGGAGCCGGAGGAGUUGAAGAAGGUACAAUCCUGCCUUGUGGAUGCAAUGCAGUCCAAGGGGACGGUACCAGAUGCAGGCAAGUUCAGCUCUCCUCCAGCUCAGAUUGUCGUCCCUCCCCUGCCCAAGGACGCCAACGAAGCCACUGGAGUCCUGCAAACAGUGUUGGUGGAGCUCGCGUCGUUGAUGAAGGAGGCGGUGGAACGAGAGAGGAAGACGAACGAGGCCCCAGCUCCAGCCCCUAGCAAGCCAGAGGCGACGGCGACGGAGGCCCCGAACGUGGCAGACCAGACGUCUCCUGCUCCUGCAAGUGGGAACAACAAGCUUGACCGAUGGCUGUCGAGGGCAAAACAGCCUCCUCCUCCUUCUCCUCCUCCUGGGGCCGCAGCCUCGGACGAUGAUGGAGGCAAGAAGUCCAAGUUAGAUCGCUGGUUGUCUAGAGCUGCGCAGACUCCAGCUCCAACCCCAUCGGAUCCUCCAGCUGCCGGGGCUGCAGUGAAGGACACUGCAGCUGGACCAGACCCAACGCAAGAUCCCCUUGCCUUCACCAGACGGUGCUGCGACGUCGUUCGCUCCUCCUGGGCUGCCUACGACAAGUUUGGAGGAGGAGCAUCGCUGAUGAAGGAAAAGUCGAGGCUGGCUGCUGAGAAGAAAGCACUGGACAGCCUCAUGCAGAUGGUCUACGCCAUCCGUGACACUCCGCAGCAGCUCGAUCCUAACGAAAGGCACCCCCCCGCUCAUGUCAACGCUUACACCAACGGGAUAGGAGCGCACUCCAACGGCCUGCCCCCCCUGCCCAACGGAAACUCAGCUGGCAAGCCAGUAGCACAGAUGAACGCGUCGGAGAAGAGAGCGCAAAGAGUACAGGAGAACGACCCCAACGCGCUGCUGCAAGAGUUCUUGAAGGCUCGUCGGGAG